GUUACACUUUGGAAGGAAAGUCUUGAGGGUGGGUGGGUAGCCUUGACGGAGGUCUCUCGCAGCUCUGUCACUUCGGCACUGCCCGGAGUCCCGAGCUUGUCUGAACCUGGUCUACCGGAGAGGACCGGUCCAGGGAUGGGCAGAGAACCCCAGGUCUCUGUUUGA